AACCAAAGCAAACACACCAGCACAUCUCUUUUUUUUCGCAUCUAUUAAAUACUGCACACUUUUGUCUUUUUGUAUUCCUGCUUCGUUUUUCAAAAAACAAAAAAUAACCCAUUCUUUGUCAGAUCGCCUAGACGACAAAGAACAACCACUAGCCACACACACCAUGCUACAUGUUUCAACCCCCUUCUUACAGACGUCCGACGUGCUGGACCAUAUUGACUAUGGGUAUCCGGAUCGAACGGAAGCUGCCCUGAGUGAAGACGACGUUUACUCUCAAAGAUUCAGUGGCCAUGCACUUCAACCUGAUCCGUCCGACCAUCAUCCGGAAUGCCUGCAUGCAUUUUUUGCUCCUCAUAUUCACGCCCAUAAUGAAGACAUAAUGGAAGCCGAUGACCAUCUGUAUGCUUACGAUAUCAUGGAAGAUUACGACGAAGACGAAUUUGAAGACGAUUUUUAUGCAAUUCAUCAACAGUCGUUGCGGCGUCACGCCAAUGAAGCGCCAGCUGAGUUGUAUCCCACUGAACCUCAUCUCACCAGCGACGAAGCUGAGCUUGAAACAGCUCAUCGUGCGUUUUAUGCGACCAUCGACAAGUUUUCGCUGCAAAAUGAUCCGCUGUACCGACGACGAGCGCCCUACAGUUUCCAUGAAAACCUGUUGAUCCAUACCAUUUACAGCAAAUCGCAGCAGACCCUGGUCGGAUUGACGGAGGUUCGACCCACCGUCAUGCUGGCUGAGGACGAUAUUUUAUUCACGCCUUCGCUGCUUCCAUCCCUCGAAGACGAAUAUCUUUUCCAGGACCCACUCGACGACCUUGACUGGGAGGACCAAGAUGAAGAAGCCGACAUGUCCGGUGCGUCGAAGCGCCCAAAAAUGACCUUACACGAUAAUAAACCCAUCGAAUCGUGUGAUCCUGUGGAUGACUUUUUCGCACAACCCUCGGACUCCGAUGCGUCUAAUCACCCCGUAUCUUUUGACGGCGGAGCUGAUCUCCAAAUAUAUCCUUCACAUCACUCUGCCGUCUGUCAAGACGACGAUCAAUUAUCGUUCUUUCAACCUUAUACCGGCGAAACAUCCUGGCAUUGCUUUGAUCCACAAGAUGAUUACGUGCCAGAGAACCGCGGGAUCUAUUUGGAACCAAGCGAAGAUGGUGCCGACACGAUGGAGGACCCUCCGAAUGCCGAUCUGUCUCCUUCGUCGUCACCUGAAUCAAGUGAACCUGUUACGCCCACGAGCUCACACUUGGACGAUCAUAUGACCGGUAGUCUUUGGGCCAUGAGUCCUAUCAUCCGAUCCAAUGAACCCAACGAUUGGCAUCUUUACAGCGAUCCAGUACAUCAAGACGGCGCCCUGUUGCCGAUGGUUCCGGCGUUGCUCAGUUCGUCAGCUUGCAACCCGUUCGACAAUCAACCUCGACUGUCCUUGUGCGGGACCAACCACGAUUCCAGCUCGCCUGUAUUGUCAGCCAUCAGCCAACAUUACAAUGACACUCGGGCAACCAAACAACGAGACAGUUCAACGGGAGGAACAGAGCAUUGCAUACACUUUUUCAACCAAGAAACUUUAGCGCCGGACGCAGUCUUGACGCUCCCAAGGCCAGUAACUGAAGCAUCAAGGUCACAGUCGUCGCCCGAUGUAAAAGUCGAUAUCCCUUUUGAAGUUGAUCACGCAGGUGAAGCGGAUGCCUCUGCGUCUACAUCAACCAUGGUCGUUUACCAGUCAUUGGCAGAUAUGAUCAUGUCGAGUCCAUUGGUCCCCAGCACGCUUCUUUCGCCAUCCACACCUCGCUCCUUCCCACGUUACGGCCUGAUUCAGAAUACAGAAGAAUCAACACCAUCAGGAAAACUAUCAUCUCCGCCCUCGUUCGAUGGUUUCGUAACACACAUUCAGAAUCAGGCAACACUAAUCUACGAGAAACUGUCGGGGAUUCCUUCCAUCGUAUUAAAUGCCGCUGAACAGAGAAUGAAAAGCUCCCGUACGAACAAGAGCGACUAUAUCCAUCUAUUCUCCACCUCACGUCAUCCUCUCUGGAAAUGGCUAUUAAGCAUGGUGCAUCUGUGGCAGGUGUUCGUCUAUUGCGCGGAAUCCUUCUUUCAGCCCCAUGAGAAAUCAAACGUCGAGUCCUCCGCGAUCGCAUGACCCAGGCGAUUCUGUAACACUAAAAUUUUCUAUACCAUAUACAGUAACAUGCAUGCUUAUUUCUAUUUGUAACUCCAUCAUGUAAAAAAACGUUAACCCUCAUUGUAUAUUUAAUAACCUAU